AUGUUCGGAGGCAAUCAAGAUGAUUAUUGGUCAACACAAUUACGAAGACGAAAUAAUACACCUGUUAAUGCAUUACCACAACGUCCACAACGUGGGCAAUCUAAUAAUAAUAAUAAUAAUACACAACCAUUUGAAGUUAAUCCAAAUAAUGGACAACCACAACGACCACCACCAUCAUCAACAACAUCAACAUUUAGACGUCGUCAACAUCGUCAAGGUCAAGGACAAAGACAAAAUCGUCUAAAUAAUAACAAUAAUAAUAAUCGAUUUGCUAUACUUGCUGAUGACGAUGAAAUUAAUAAUAAUAAUGAUGAUAAUCAAAUUGAAGAAGAAGAAGAAGAAGAACAACAACAACAACAACAACCAUUAUCAUUAAAUAAAAAGAAUAAGUUUAAGAAGAAGACGAAAAAAUCUUCAUUCUAUCUUUCAUAUGAUCAAAUUUUUAAAUAUAUCAGUCAAUAUCAACCAAAUCCAAAUUUAAAUUCAACAACAACAACAACAAACCAAGAUCCAAGAAAAUAUAAGAAAUUAAAUGAUGAUUCUAAUUUUUGGGCCAAAGAAAUUAUUAAUCGUACUCGUGGACGUGAUAAUAUUGAAAUUAAACGUUUUGUCGAUAAGAAAAUCAAUUAUUUUCAAUCAAAAAUCGAUGAAUGUAUAGCAAUAAUUUCAAAUUUACAAAUUGAAUUUAGUCAAUUUUGGACACAAAUAGCAUCACGUCGUAAAGAAUCAAGAAUUCCAACUCGUGGUGUUACACCAAGUUAUUCACGUCCUUCAUUUGAUUUCGAUAAAAUGGAUACAACAUUAACUGAUUACAUUAAUCAACAUACUAAACAUAUUGUUAAAAAUUGUAAAGUACGUCUUGAAAUUGCAAAUGCACAAAAAGAAGAAUAUCAAGCUCUUAAAAAUUUUGAAACAAUUACAAAAAAGAAAUCAUUAUGGAAUACUCAUUUGAUCUUGAAACCAAAAUUAAAAAAUUGGUUUAUUAAAAGUAAAAAUUUCCAUAUUAUACAACGACGUAUCGAAUACAAUCUAUUACCUAAAUUUAUUACAAAAAAUAAUUUUUCAUUUAAAUUUGAUACUCAAGCAUUUCAACAAGAAGAUAUUCAACCUAUUUAUAAUGAAAUGCAUCAAAUAACAAAUUCAUUUCAAAAUAAAUCAAUGCAAUUCUAUUAUCAAAUAGCUACUCGUGAGCUAAAUAAUGUUAAAGAUGAAAUUGAUAUUAUCAUUGAAAAUUGUCGACCAAAAUUACCUUUAUUAGAUCAAAAUGUUAUUAUAAGUGAAGGUCUUGAUGGUCAACCAACUGAAGACGAACAUAAUAAUAAUGAUAAUAUUCAUAUAGAUUAUAAAAAAUGUUAUGAAGCAUUUGAAAAUUAUUAUAAAUUAUCUAUGAAACGUUAUCAAUUAGAAGCUGAACAAUCCUCUAAUUCUUCCUCCUCCUACAACAACAACUAUGGACUUUUAAGUCCAAAUAUAAUAAAUGAAGCACCACAUAUACAACUAACCGAGGAUGAACAACAUAUACUUAAAUUAGGUCCUCGAUUUAUAUUCGAUGAUCCGAAAACAGCAUCUAAACGACGUACAAAUGAAUUGGCUACUCUAAGAAAUAAGUUAGAAAAACGUUUCUACGAAAAUAAAGUUAAGCCUGGUCGUCCUGUUCAAUUAUUUAUAGAUGAAUUAGAUGUAUUUCUUCAAAAUUAUCAUAAUAUUAAAGAAAUUAAUCCUCAUAUUCAACCGAAGAAACAUAAUUUUAAUCGAAUUGUUAAAAGAUUAAAAUAUAAAUUUCGUUCGGCUAAUGUUAUAUUAAGAAAAACUGAUAAAUCAAAGGUGUUUCAUUUAGCUACAAAACAACAUUAUCAAGAAAAAUCAGAUGAAUAUAUGAAUCGUACACAAGCUUAUAAAUGUCUUAAUGAUCAAGAUCCAUUACCAGAUCUUAUACAACCUACCAAUAGAUAUUUAUUAGAUUUACGUUUAGCUCAUUGGAUAAAUCAAAAAUAUUAUGAGCAAUUAUAUAUUAAAACAGAUGAAGUUAAAUUAGCUCAUCUAUAUUAUCUCCCAAAAGCACAUAAACCAGGUACACCACUUCGACCAAUUAUUUCUGGUUUAAAAUAUCCUACAAUAAAAAUAUCAAAGUUUCUUGAUGAUAUGUUAAGACCAUUGUUUAAUCAAAUAGCUUCAAAAACCACAGUAACAAGUGGCUUUGAAUUACUUCAAAAACUUCAACAAUGGUCUACAACUAAUCUUAAACAAGAAACAAUAUUUUGUACAAAUGAUGUAGUUGAUCUUUUUACCAUGAUUCCACAAGUUGGAGGUGUCUUAGCAUUAAGAAAAAUGUUAAUCCAUUUAAAAUUGAAAGAAGUGAAUGGAUUAAAAAUCGAAACAAUUAUACGUUUGGCUAGAUUCGUAAUACAAAAUAAUUAUUUUAAAUAUAAUAGCAAAUUUUAUCAUCAAGUUAGAGGUGGAGCUAUGGGUUCUCCAUUAACAUUGACUAUAGCUAAUUGUUAUAUGUUCUUUUUUGAACAAGAUAUUGCUCGACAAAUUAAAAAUAGUCAUGGUUUAUAUAUUCGUUAUAUUGAUGAUAUUUAUAUUGCUAUUAACUGGCCAAAACAUCAUCUUAUUAAACAAAUUGAUCGAUGGAAUGGUUUUGAUUCCAACAUUAAAUUAUCAGCUAACAUCAAUUUAUUUGCUGAUUUCUUGGAUUUACAUAUGGAAAAUAGGAAUGGUAUUUUACUUACUUCAGUAUUUCAUAAACCAUCCUAUGAACCAUAUUAUUUACCGUUCUACAGUGUCCAUCCGUUACAUAUGAAGAAGAACAUACCAUUUGCUAUGUUAAUUCGUGGAAUUAGGUAUUGUUCAACUUUUGAAGCUUAUCUACAUGAACGGGAUCAACUAAGAUUGGCACUACUUCUCAAUCAAUAUCCAAUUAAAUUUAUCGAUCAAGAAUUUAAUCAUGUUUUUUAUAAAUUUGAUAUUCAUCAGCCAUUAACUUCAAAUAAUUAUAAUGAUAUUCGUCAACUAAUUUUAAAUAGUCCAAAAAAUAUCAAACAACCAGUUAAUUAUGGUCAAUCAAUGUUCUUUCAUUUUACUUAUUGUUCCAAUAUGAAAACAUUUCCUCGAAAAUUUCGUGAAUUAUGGAACAAAUACUUUUCUGAAUCACCAAUUAAUGACAUUAUUCCAAUGUUAGGCACUCGUAAUGUCCCAAAUUUAAAUUUACGUCUUGUGCAGACACGUAAUUCGUAA